AUCUGCUUCAGUUGUCAAGUUGAGUGGACUCCCUGUGCCCCUCUCCUAGCUUGUCUCGAGCAUACCCCGCCAAAGCUAUCAGUCGGUGUCGUUGCCCCUCCUUCUGUUUCAACCGUCUUAGCAAGAACCCAACCUCGCUCCUUUGGGCAAACCAGCGUAUCCAGGAAAGAUCAAAACGAGAAAAGGGACAGAAAGAGGGCAGAUAGCCGGAGACGCCUGCGGAGCCCAAGCAGAGAAACACCAUGGCGUCCGAAGCCAGCGAAUCCAAGUCGUACUCGACUGACCCGGCACUGUACAUCUACACGUCGCUGACGGCCGGCUCCUCCCACAUCGUCACUGCGACGUCGCGCCUCGAGACCAUCCUGCGCGCCAACCGGGUGCCUUUCAAGGCCAUUGACAUUGCGACCGACGAGAAGGCGCGCAUGCUGUGGGGGCGGCGCGCCGGCAAGGACGCGAGCGGCCGUCAGCGCAAGCUGCCGGGACUGGUGCAGAUGGGCAUGGUCUUGGGAGAUCUCGUGGAGAUCGAAGAAUGGAACGAAUACGGCGAGCUCAAGGACCACGUCACGUUCUACUACGACGAGUUCACCCAGCCCUCCAUCAGCCAGGCGCCGAAACCCCCUCCCGCAGCAUCAGCAGCACCAGCAGCAGCACCAGCAGCAGCACCAGCAGCAGCACCCCCGGCCAAGGCGGCGCACCCCCCAGCAGCGCCCCCCGCUCCCGCGCCAGCACCAAAGUCUGCAUCCGAGAAGGUCGCAGCGGUAGGAAACAAAGUCAUGCUCCCCGUGCGCAGCAUCGCCGAAGAGGCAGCGGCCAAGGCCAAGCAAGUGCACCUGCAAAGCCUCCGGGACAAGGUCCACGGCAAAGGGGCCACCACUGACUCCUCCUCCUCCUUGCCGUCCUCGUCUUCUUCUUCCUCAACAACGAAACCCGAAGUUGAAACCACACCAAAGGACAAGGACAACAAGGACGACAAGCCGACAGAACCCGCGUCCGCGCACGCAGGCCUGCAGUCGCCGACAUCGUCCGGGUGGAAAGCACCUCCCACCGAAGCGCUCACCAUCCAGUCGCCGAGCACGACGGGCUGGAAGCCGGCCGAGCCGCUCGUGGCUGAGCUGCACGGAGCCCCCGUGGCGAGCGCGUCGGCCGAGGAGAUUGCGGCCGUGGAGAGGGCCGAGAUGAUUCCUGAGGAGCCGGAGGAGGAGGGGGAGGAGGAGGAGGAAAAGAAGAGCGCGGUGAAGCCGGAUGAGGGUAAGGCGGGCGAUAAGACCAAAGGGAAGUAGUAGUAGGUAAAUAAAUACGGCUCCCCAGGUUGGCGGGUUCUGGGAUGAACAACGGCGAUUCCACUUGGGAUUAGUUGUGUUUUGGAACUACCUACGUUGGCAUCUACUUGUUAAGAAGCCCGGGUCUAGUCAGGCCUCGCUUCUGUUGAGAUGCAGCAGAACCAUUGAAAGGGAACGAACUGGAUGUCAGGGAA